UUAACCCAGCUUGUUGAGGUGACGGACAUUAAUCUGCGCAGUUGAGUGAAGCGAACGAGUUGCCCUGGGCCGGGCACGGUUGGGAAGUGUGACUGUGAGACCGUUGGGUGCACAUUUGAUCUGCCGUCGUGGUGUCGAGUCUGCGGGUCACUGACAUCAUAAGCUGACACACAGUUUGCUAUUUGGGAUUGAAUUGCUCGAACCCCAUCACACCAGACAUUCUAAACGUAUUCCCAAAGCAACCUACACAGGUACACCUACACAGAGUAACAGACAGAUAGUGGUGGCUGGACGGCAACAGUGAUCAUAUCUCAGUCAACGCAGUAACAUCGCUCUGUGAAAGCUGUUGUGACGUAAUGUAGCGAACAUAUAUCAAUGCAUGGACACAUGGAGAAACUGUGGAUACAUUUCUUACAACACCUUGUGGAUAACGUACAUGGCACCUCCUGAUGACUGCCCCGGUUCGAGCCCAAGUUCCGACCAGCUUGUAUGACGAGCGGCUGAUGGACAGGACCUUCAGGUCUGGGAAGUUGAAAAAAUACGACGAAAAUACCUACAGAAGAAGACUGAUAACUGGGGAAGAACACUGGACUAAAGUUCUGCAGGUAAAUGCCAAUUCAUCCAACUCCAGACACCUCCGAUGUCGGGGGUGCUCCCGCUCACCGUCUCCACGCCCUGGGGGUCCCAUUCCCAGGCACCCGAGUCCUUCUCCCCAACAUAACAGUGCCCGUCCCAACAGUCCUCCCAGGGACCGCAAGAGACGUUCAAAAAGCCUUGGAAGGACGGGUGACGGUUUAUUUCACAAUCUUACAAAUAGGUUCCGUCAAUGGAUUCAGUCCAAGCGGAAAUACGAGAUCUCUCCAACAGAUUGUAUGCAAGCGGAUGACAGGUACGUGUGGAACAAGGAGCAGGUGUUUGAGGAAGACGUGACCCUGAGGUCGUACAGAUCUAGCUUCCAUGAGCAACUUGUGCCUAACAAUGAACUCAGUUCCGUCCAGGACAACCAAAAGACAAAUACAAUAUAUAGCAAAGGAAAGACUGUGGUUCAAAUCACAUACUCUGAAGCAAAGUCAGAUCAUGAUACGGAUAACCCAGACGAUCCCCCUGAAGACGUUCCUCAUUUGCUGAAGCCUCCGGAUAUAUCUGGUCGCCAGUUGCUCCGAGCCUCGCGGUAUAAACAUAGGGAAAAGCAGCUGAACUCGUCUGGCCCCGGGUGUCGACAGCCCCUCACAGGCACCAUCAGCUGCCCACCAAAACAAGGCCCGGAACCCAGUGAUGUCUCCCCGAGGUUCAGACGUCGAUGUGCCACGUGGCCAGUCCAGGGAAGAAAGGUCAACGCUGAGGAUGCUGACAAUGAAGACCUGGCAGUUUCUUUCGUACACGACAGAGAGAGGAGUGUUCUUGAUGGGAAGAUGUCGAUUGAAGAUUUCAGUAUUCCAUACGAAGACGUCAGCGUCACUGACUGUGAGCGGGUUGGAAGGAGGUGCACCAUCCACAGGGGACGUUGGCAUGGUGAAGUGACAAUCCAUCUCUUCCGUGACAAGAAAGGUGAUGAAACUGACGUCUUCUGGUCCGAUCUGACGAAGCUGUGUCGAAUACGUCACGAAAACAUCAACCUGUUCAUGGGGGCAUGUACUGUACCACCAAACAGGGCUGUCAUCACCAGUGCUCCUGCCGGUUUGUCGCUGUACGAGAACCUCCACUGUAAGAAGGAGAAGCUGAACAUCCACAGCAAGCUCCAGAUACUGAGGCAGAUCGCAGUGGGCAUGGGCUACCUCCACGCCAAGGGCAUUGUUCUACGAAAGCUUAACACUAAGAACGUCUUCCUUGCCCCUAAGGUGAAGAUCAGCGCCAUGGAUUACGGCUUUGCCGAGGCCAAAUAUGACAGAGUCAAUCACUCGUCAAUACCUCGAGGUCACAUGACCUACGUGGCUCCCGAAAUCCUUUGCACGAUGGUUACACUUCCUCCUCGUUUCGUCACAUCCUCUCCGUACACAAAUGAGGCGGACGUAUAUGCUUUUGGAACCGUGAUGUAUGAGGUCUUGAGUGGGCGCUUUCCCUACAAUGACGUGCCGGUUGAGAGCCUCAUUUGGCAGGUGUGCAAGGGUCGACGGCAGGGGCUGACCAACCUCACCUGUUCUUCCGCCUUGAAGGAUUUGAUAGAGGACUGUUGGGCCCACGAACCUUGCUAUCGGCCGGACUUUCCCGAGCUCAGUAAAGAACUACUCAAGAAUUCCCCUAUGUACAAGCGCCACAGCUCCUCAGAGCCAGAACGACUACACCGGACGGGCAGCUUCAUGGAGAGAAUAUCACCUUUCUGAUACGUCCACAUAACAGUGUUUGCCUGCUAAACUGACGCGGAGGUGCUUGAAACCAGUCGAAACAGAAGAAACAGCAUUGUCAUUUAGUAUGCACUUGCAAUAGAACCGUAUACAACCGACAAGGCCACUGUUGUAGCCUCUUGUUGUCGUCGUAAUAUACCAUUGAAGUUAUUCGUCUUAGGUUAAUUAAAAGACCAGUGCAGUUAUCCAGACUGUAGCCAUUUCGCCUUGUCCAGCAGUCACAAUUAAAGGUGCCACUGUGCCAUUGGUGCCAUCAUUUGUGUAUUAAUAAUGUCAUUGCUAAAUGCCACCUGCAACCGGACACACAUCCUUUGACCCAACUCUUAAGGAUGUGCCGUGUCUGAAACCAAAGACAAGAUAUUUGUGCUACAGGUUCAUUAAUGCAAACAGACAGUACAGUACGUCUUACAGACAAGUCAAGUGUUUCAAGCGUAAGGCGAAAGACGUUUGGAUAUGGCAUGUCAAGGAUCUUGUCACGUGUCAGUUACUGUAGACAAGUUAAUGGUCACCAGGAAAAAUAUCAAUUUCCAAACAUUUUACAACUAGCGAACUCUCAAUAGUCGCUAUCUGUGACUACAGUCUGAAAUACACAUUGGAUAUAUUAACGAGGUUUAGGAUCACGUUCUUUUUCGCUGUCAUGACAAAUACAAAAGAUAAAUACAUUUGAGAGUGUAUAAAGGUAGUGCCUUCUGCGACAUGGUCGGGUGUGUCUUCAUGUGACUAUGGAUAUUCUGUUACUAAUUUCACCUUGCUAUUUUGGCAAUGAGAUUCCCUCACACAUAUAUUGUAUAUAUGGUAUAGAAACCAGAACAUGUGUUCUUGAAGAGAACUUUUGGAGAGCCGUCAUGACAUUUUGAAAGUGGUUUUUGUUGAUGGACAUUUAAUUGUUCGUAAGUUGGACAGUUGGUACGUAAAGUGAAUGAUAGAGUGGCAGGUGAGUUGUAGGUAACAGUGUCCGUUAUGGUCCCACUAUUGCUGAAAGCGUGAAAGCUGCCACGUGCCCGGAUAACCGGGCAAAUUUUUAGAACCUCUUGUGAGAUGCCUCGGGAGUUCCUGGGGUCACUUUUGCCAUUCCAGUUCCUCUACAUUGGUUACUGACGAGUUCAGCUUCUCUCCCCGUGGGCACUGAAGGGCUGAUGACGUCUUCUGGAGGAACUAUGUUACCUGUCGAGAACGGUGUCGUCUCCCGUUGUUGUCCCGUUGUGGCACAGCAGGUCCAUUAACGCAUGUACCUGCCACCCGUCCCUCCACUGCUGAGUGACCAUGUCAAGCUCGAGGUCAGGGGAUUGGCAACCCAACACCAUGACUGAUCUGCUACCAAGGGAGGCCUGUGAAGUUUUGUAACACCAGAAUAUACGCCAUAGGAAAACCAUGACGUCAAACAUCACGUUAUGUCCAUUUCUCAAUGCAUGUGGUGGCAGUUGUUUGAGUGGCGUCCCUUUAUUUGGAGAGCAGCUUGUGGGAAGUGUUUGUCGCAUCACGAAGCGAGCAGGUCACUGCUGCACGCACCUUCACCUCAUACGUGUGCCGAUGUUUCUUCUGCCAAUAUGUUGAUGGUUGAAUGACGGCAACCUAGCGGUGACGUAGUAUCCAACGUGAAUAAACCCAGUAUUCGCUAAUGUUCGCCCCUGAUUAUCCGCUACAAGCCAUGUUGAAUGAAGACUAAAGUCCAGGAUAAUAUUCAACUGCGCUUCUUUUCAGCUUUCGAGACUGGCUUGUUACAUGUACUUGCUUUGCGCGCCAUUAUCGCCGGAAGACAUUCCCAACGAAGGCAUGGAUAACCGUUCGUGUCGUGUGUCAUUAACAAAUGGAUUUUACACAAUUACAGUUUCGGUCGCGCGACCAUGAGUAGGGGCACUUAAUGUUUUCCCAGGUGCAUAAUAAAGCCUUUAUAACUUAGGUCAAACGCGGAAAAUUGUUUAUUCCGAAAGAGUGGUGCAUUGAUCACACGUGAAUACAAUUCGACGACAGCUGCAUAUUUUAACCUAUGUCAUUCACGUUGACAAGACAAUUGAGUUAUUGGUGGUGUGGUACAGUAAGUUUACUUUAUACCCAGUCACCUGUAAUUCCACAAGUAGAAACGUUUUGUAUGCUUCGAUAACAGGGAUGGAAAUAGAUGUUUGAGUUAUUUGUAGAUACCUUUCUGUGACGCAUUUCAGGCAGAAUAUAACCUACUUGUCGGGUACUCUUUGGUUGUUUGCGUGAGAUAUAUUUCAGUUGUGCUCGUGACGUAUUCACAGCGUAGAGGUAUGAAUGGGAUUCUUUAGUUGAACUAAACACAGAUGUUGUUUUAAGUGGAGGUCUUUGAGAUUCAUAAAUGUGUGGACACAGUUAUUAACAUAAGGCUAUAUCGUUAUGCAUCAGUAUGCUCUGUCCUGAUCUAAUGGCGCAUGCUUGGUAAUUGUAGAACAUACUGUAUUAUGACUUUCAUAACAGAUUAUUUAUUCAAUGUCAUACAUCGCCUUGUGCUCGUUAUUCCGUUCAGUGUGCUUUGAUAAACAUAAAUAUAAAAUAUUAAUUUCAAACGUCCGUAUCACGGUGUCCAAUGGCCGUAUUUCUCCUGUGUAUCACGUCUCUGCCAAAACUAAAGAUUAAUUCCCACGUGAAAUAAUAGCAUGUUUUCUUAUCUCAAGCUUGCCCGCUACUGUGGAUGUUUUUUGCCCUGUUGCUAUAAAACAUACCCUUACCACUGUUACUCAUAAGACCCUGUCAGCUUCUCUACCUUUAUCUGCGGUUAUGUUCAUCUUCCUAUAGUUUCCGAGCAAAGCGACUUUAUCAACAUCACGAAUUAAGUAAAAAGACCAUUACCAAGUAAUCUUGGCCAUUUUGAAAACCGGACUUACUUUCAAUAUGGCCUCCACAGUAGCCAUGUUGAAUACCAAGUAAUUACAACCUGCUGUAUUUGAAUGGAGUCUGGUAUUAUGUCAUGGUGGCGAUUUGAUAUGACAAACAAAAGUGAAAUGCCUAGUUUGUGUUUGAGUCCCAUGAAUCUCAUGUCAAGUUGUUGCAAUGGGCUGUCAGGUUACAAAACACACAAAGGUUAUGUUAUACGUAUGUAGCUGAACAUGGUAUAAUGAUACUUUCAAAGAAACUGUGUGGGAUUACCACCGCACAACCAUUCGUAUAUACAUAAUUACAUGUAUCUUAGUCAGAUAUGCCCCCAGGAGUGUUAUUUGAACGAUCCAGCGUGUAAACCAGAUGACUAGUUGAGUGAUUGUAUCUUCAGCAGAACGUACACCACGGGAACAUUCUAACGUUUGAGGCUGCCGCUCGGGGACGCUUGUCGCACCCCAGCACACAGGGAAAACUCACAGAUACACUUUACCUCCGUCGUGGGUGGUACGUCUUGUAUCACCAACCCGUGAGGAUCCGGGUUAGAAUUGAUCUUCAAUAUCCCGUGCUUAUCGUAAGAAGCGACAAACAGGUUCGGGUGGUCAGGCUCGCUGACGUGGUUGACACAUGUCAUCGUAUGCGUAGAUCGAUGAUCAUACUGUUGAUCACUGGAUUGUCUGGUCCAGACCCGAUUAUUUACACACCACCCCCAUAUAGCUGGAAUAUUACAGGGUGUGGCGUAAAACUAAACUCACUCACUUAUAUCCCACCCAUAGACCUGAUGGGGUUCCAGUACUCCAAAAUACUUGGGGAGGUUUGUGUGUUAUUUUAAGAUGUACUUUCAAAAUAAGAAAGUAAGACACUUUAUGGAUAACAACUUGUUUAUUAUAUAUGAUGCGACGUUUCGGUAUAGAUUCAUGUAUAAUAAUGGUAUCAUUAUAAUAAAGAAGUUGUUAUCCUAAAGUAUCUUACUUUCUUCUUACUCACCAUCUUCUAAAAAUACCCAGAUCAUACUUUCAAAAUGCUUAAUGCUAUUGUCAUGUGAUGAUAUUUAUUAAAUGCUGGAAAUUUCUGGCAAUUACAA